AUGGCGGACAACUCCCAAGCACUCGAACCCGUUCUCAACUAUGUCAACGCCUCGCUGUCGUAUCUUUACCACUCGUUUCUUUCCAUCCCAGGCUCAUCCAUCCUCAUCCGCUACGUUCGCUCGUCCUAUCAAAAUGACCCCUUGCGCACUCUGCUCGAGAUUAUCCUCUUACUCUUUGCUCUUCGUACGAUCCUUCAAUCACGUACGCGUGCAGACAGGGCAGCGAAGAACUACGUCCAGCUGAGCGAGUCCGAAAUCGACGAGCUUGUCGACGACUGGGUCCCUGAGCCGCUUGUCGCCCCCCUCAGCCCCGCAGAACAGGCACAGCUGAACGCGCUCCCGAUCAUCUCUGGUCCAGCAGGGCCAAAGGUCAAGUUGAUGCAGUCUGGGAAGACGGUUCUCAACCUAACGAGCUACAACUUCGCCGGCCUCGCGGGGAACGAGCAUAUCAAGGAGCAGGCAAUCGGCGCGUUACGCAAGUAUGGUGUAGGCUCGUGUGGUCCCCCCGGGUUCUACGGAACAAUCGACGUGCACAUGCAGCUCGAACAGGAUCUGGCCAACUUUCUUGGGAGCGAGAGCGCGAUCAUCUACUCCCAAGCGUUCUCCACCGCCUCGUCCGUCAUCCCGGCAUUCUGCAAGCGCGGCGAUAUCAUCGUCGCUGAUCGUGGCGUCAGUUUUGCACUCCAGAAGGGUAUCCAGAUAAGUCGCACCACCGUCCGGUGGUACGAUCAUAAUGACCUUGCGAGUCUGGAGGAGGUGCUGGUCAGCGUGGAGAAGGAGAUGAAGAAGAAGCGUGCACCACUUACCCGGCGAUUCAUCGUUUCCGAGGGUGUCUUCGAGAACGACGGUCAGAUGGUUGAUCUUCCCAAGCUGAUUGAGUUAAAACAGAAGUUCAAGUACCGGCUUGUCUUGGAUGAAUCCAUCUCCUUUGGUUCUGUUGGUCGCACUGGUCGUGGCCUGACCGAGCUGUACAACGUCCCCGCGACGCAUAUCGAUAUGCUCGUAGGCUCCAUGGCGACAGGGCUGAACUCCGCCGGCGGCUUCUGCGCAGGAUCCCACGUGGUGACUGAGCAUCAGCGGGACAACGGUACCGCGUUCGUCUUCUCUGCCGCAUUGCCCGCCCUGCUGGCAGUGAGCGCGAGCGAGGCCAUCGGCAUCCUCCGCGACAACCCUGGCUGCCUCAGAGAACUGGUUGAAAACGUUCGUGUCGUACGCGGGGUACUUGACAGGCUCGAGUGCAUCGAGAUCCCCAGUCAUCCCGCCUCGCCGCUAAUCCACAUCUACGUGCGCAACAGCCCCGCAACCCUGGAAGUGCCAAACGGAAUCGCACGCAAGACGAACAAGUCCAAGCCUAACAGCUUGGUUCCCGCCGACCCCGACGUGUUCGACAUCGAGUCGGAGGAAAGACUGCUGCAGGACGUGGUGGACGAGGCACUUGCACAGGGCGUGCUGAUCUCCCGUGUGAAACGGUUACGUGGGCAAGAGGCGUUAGAGCCUAGGCCGAGUAUCAAGAUCGCUGUCACAGCAGGCUUAUCGAGGAAGGAGACCGAGAAGGCUGCUGGUGUCAUCCGCGCUGCGUUGCUCAAGGUGCUCGGUAAGCGCCGCUGA